AGACUCCUCAAGCAUUCCCAAAAUUCUUUAGUUGCGUGCCGAAAAAGCACCAAACGACCAAGUGCCAUGGCGGGAACGAAGCGAGAGCUGCUUCCUUCAGAUGUACUGCCCGAGCACUAUGAUCUUACUCUAGAGCCAGAUGUGGAAAAGUUCACGUUUGAUGGUGUUGUAAAGAUCACUUGUGAUGUGCAGGUGGCGACCGACAGUAUCAGUGUGCAUGCUCACGAGCUGGUCUUGUCCUCCGCCACCUUCACGCCCUCCGAGGGCUCGAGCGCGUCGAGUGCCGAGUCGAUUACCCUGAAGACGAAGUCGAAGAUGGCCGUGGUCGGCUUUGAGGAAGUCUUACCCGUUGGCAAGGGCAUCUUGGAAAUCAAGUUCCGUGGGACCCUCAAUGAUCAGAUGGCGGGCUUCUACCGCUCACAGUACACCGACUCGAAGGGCCAGAAGCGCUUUUUGGCCACGACGCAGUUCGAAGCCAUCGACGCGCGACGCUGCUUCCCGUGUUGGGACGAGCCGGCACGGAAGGCCACGUUCACGGUGACCAUGAUCUACCCAGCAAAUCUCAUGGCUAUCUCCAACAUGCCUCCGAGCAGCUUAGAGACUCGAGCAGAUGGCAAGAAGAAGGAGGUCUUCAUGGUCACGCCGAAGAUGAGCACCUACUUGCUGGCCUUCUGUGUGGGGGAGUUCGAAUUCAUCAGCGCACAGACCAAGAGUGGGGUCCUCGCUCGAAUCUUCUCUUGCCCAGGAAACAGCGCUAGAUGUGCCUUCGCUCUGAAGUGCUGCAUCAAGGCUCUGGAAUUCUACGAUGACUUCUUUGGUCUUCCGUAUCCCUUGCCGAAAAUGGACAUGAUCGCAAUCCCGGAUUUCUCCGCGGGAGCCAUGGAGAAUUGGGGCCUGGUCACUUACCGCGAGGUGGCACUGUUGUGCGAAGAGCAAACGGUGAGCGCCACACAGAAGCAGAGGAUUUGCACUGUGAUCGCGCACGAGCUGGCGCACCAGUGGUUCGGGAACUUGGUCACCAUGGAGUGGUGGGACGACUUGUGGCUCAAUGAGGGCUUUGCGAAUUGGAUGCAGACCUUCUGUUCUGAUCGCUUGUACCCCGACUGGCACAUCUGGGAAUCCUAUGUGGGCAUGGAGCAGCAACGGGCCUUGCAGUUGGACGGUUUGAGGAGUAGCCAUCCAAUCCAGGUGCCCAUUGCCAAGGCGGAACAGGUCGAAGAGGUCUUUGACGCGAUCAGUUACUGCAAAGGCGGCAGCGUAGUGCGGAUGAUCUACCGGGUCCUGGGUGACGAGCAUUUCCAAAAAGGAUUGCAGCUCUACUUCUCCCGGCACAAGUACGGGAACACCCGCACCAUUGACCUGUGGAAUGCUUGGAAGGAGGUCUCGGGCAAGCCCAUUGACAAGAUGAUGAGUUCCUGGACCGAGCAAAUGGGCUUUCCUUUGUUGGAAGUGCUGAACGAUCCCUUCACCUCCAAUCAGGUGGAGCUGAAGCAGAGUUGGUUCUUGGCAGAUGGGUCCAAGGAGACGAAUGACGAUGCCAAGGUUUGGUUUUGCCCUGUCAUCGUGGGCACGGACAAGGGUGAAGCGCCUGUUUCCUUUUUGGAGGAGAAGACUGGGAAGAUCCCAUGCGACCUUAGUGGAGCCUCUGUCCUGAAGGUGAACUUCGGGCAACACGUGCCAGUUCGAGUGCUCUAUCCGGAAAAGGUCUUCAUGCGCCUAGUGCAGAAUCUGAAGCUGGUGUCUGCGGAGGAUCGGAUCGGCCUUUUGUCCGAUACCUUUGCCACCUGCAAGGCGGGCGUCCUGGAGCCGGGAUUCAUGGCGGAGCUCCUUUCAGGCUUCAAAGAUGAGCUGAACGACAAGGUCUGGUCUGAGUUGGCCUCGGUGAUGGGCGGCUUGGAGAAGGUCAUCGUCCAAGGCUUAGACGAUGAGACCGCCAGCGCCUUCAAGGAGUUCUGCAGCAAGCUGGUGCUCCCGGCCUUUAAGCACGUCGGUUGGGACCAACAAAGCUCCGACGAUGACAAUCAAAAGAAACUCCGUAGUACGGUGCUCUCAGCCGUGGCCAAGUAUUGCUACAAGGAUAGCGCCAUUGCCGCGGAGGCUGUGAAGAGAUGUAAAGCUUUCGUCGCUGAUCCCAAUGACCCUGCCGCGCUGAAUGCAGAUAUCCGCUCAGCUGUCUUUGAUGUGGCACUGCAGAGCGCAGAGGGGGCGGAAAUGUUUGAUGAGCUCAUCAAGGCUCACGAGACGGUGAAGGACGGCGCAGUGAAGAUCCACAUUUAUGGAGCGCUUGGAAAGGCGCAGUCCUCCACUCUGCGGAAGCGCGCCCUGGACUUCAACCUCGGGGGCGCCGUGCGCUCCCAGGACCUCAUCUACAUCCCAAUGGCCAUGGCAGCAUCUGGUCGAGAUGGUGCGGAAGCCACCUUCUCAUGGAUGCAAGAUCAAUACGACCGCAUCUAUGAGAUGAUCGGCGCUACUAGCAUGAUGUUGUUCCAGAACAUGGUCCGCGUCUCGGGGAUCGGCUUCGUCACGGAGGCCAAGGCCCAAGAGGUCUCCGAGUUUUGGAAGGCCAAGAAGGUCUACCAGAACGUUCAGAAGGCUUUGGCGCAAACAGUGGAGGGCAUUUGCUCCAACGCAAAGUUCGUAGAUCGCUUGAAGACCUCCAGGGCGGCGAAGGCCGCGACCUGGACCGCCGCCGCGGCGGGGAGCCGCCUGUGACGCACCAGGCUGCCCGACAGCAAUUUUGACACUUCGGACAGCUCGAGAAGUGGCGAAAAGGAUGUAAUUGAAGCCAACCUGUGCUGGCUAG